AUGGCAAAUCUUGGACAUACAGACCUCCUGUCCCCAUCACGACAUACAGACGUCCUGUCCCCAUCAGGUCAUACAGACCUCCUGUCCCCAUCAGGACAUACAGACCUCCUGUCCCCAUCAGGUCAUACAGACGUCUUGUCCCCAUCAGGACAUACAGACGUCCUGUCCCCAUCAGGACAUACAGACCUCCUGUCCCCAUCAGGACAUACAGACGUCCUGUCCCCAUCACGACAUACAGACCUCCUGUCCCCAUCAGGAUAUACAGACCUCCUGUCCCCAUCAGGACAUACAGACCUCCUGUCCCCAUCAGGACAUACAAACCUCCUGUCCCCAUCAGGACAUACAGACGUCCUGUCCCCAUCAGGACAUACAGACCUCCUGUCCCCAUCAGGACAUACAGGCGUCCUGUCCCCAUCAGGACAUACAGACGUCCUGUCCCCAUCAGGACAUACAGACCUCCUGUCCCCAUCAGGACAUACAAACCUCCUGUCCCCAUCAGGACAUACAGACGUCCUGUCCCCAUCAGGACAUACAGACGUCCUGUCCCCAUCAGGACAUACAUACCUCCUGUCCCCAUCAGGACAUACAGACGUCCUGUCCCCAUCAGGACAUACAGACGUCCUGUCCCCAUCAGGUCAUACAGACGUCUUGUCCCCAUCAGGACAUACAGACGUCCUGUCCCCAUCAGGACAUACAGACCUCCUGUCCCCAUCAGGACAUACAGACGUCCUGUCCCCAUCAGGACAUACAGACCUCCUGUCCCCAUCAGGUCAUACAGACCUCCUGUCCCCAUCAGGACAUACAGACGUCCUGUCCCCAUCAGGUCAUACAGACCUCCUGUCCCCAUCAGGACAUACAGACGUCCUGUCCCCAUCAGGACAUACAGACCUCCUGUCCCCAUCAGGACAUACAGACGUCCUGUCCCCAUCAGGACAUACAGACAUCCUGUCCCCAUCAGGACAUACAGACCGUCCUGUCCCCAUCAGGACAUACAGACCUCCUGUCCCCAUCAGGACAUACAGACCUCCUGUCCCCAUCAGGACAUACAGACCUCCUGUCCCCAUCAGGACAUACAGACGUCCUGUCCCCAUCAGGACAUACAGACCUCCUGUCCCCAUCAGGACAUACAGACGUCCUGUCCCCAUCAGGACAUACAGACCUCCUGUCCCCAUCAGGACAUACAGACCUCCUGUCCCCAUCAGGACAUACAGACCUCCUGUCCCCAUCAGGACAUACAGACCUCCUGUCCCCAUCAGGACAUACAGACCUCCUGUCCCCAUCAGGACAUACAGACCUCCUGUCCCCAUCAGGACAUACAGACGUCCUGUCCCCAUCAGGACAUACAGACCUCCUGUCCCCAUCAGGACAUACAGACCUCCUGUCCCCAUCAGGACAUACAGACCGUCCUGUCCCCAUCAGGACAUACAGACCUCCUGUCCCCAUCAGGUCAUACAGACCUCCUGUCCCCAUCAGGUCAUACAGACGUCCUGUCCCCAUCAGGUCAUACAGACGUCCUGUCCCCAUCAGGACAUACAGACCGUCCUGUCCCCAUCAGGACAUACAGACGUCCUGUCCCCAUCAGGACAUACAGACGUCCUGUCCCCAUCAGGACAUACAGACGUCCUGUCCCCAUCAGGACAUACAGACGUCCUGUCCCCAUCAGGACAUACAGACCUCCUGUCCCCAUCAGGACAUACAGACGUCCUGUCCCCAUCAGGACAUACAGACGUCCUGUCCCCAUCAGGACAUACAGACCUCCUGUCCCCAUCAGGACAUACAGACCUCCUGUCCCCAUCAGGACAUACAGACGUCCUGUCCCCAUCAGGACAUACAUACGUCCUGUCCCCAUCAGGAUAUACAGACCUCCUGUCCCCAUCAGGAUAUACAGACCUCCUGUCCCCAUCAGGAUAUACAGACCUCCUGUCCCCAUCAGGACAUACAUACGUCCUGUCCCCAUCAGGACAUACAGACAUCCUGUCCCCAUCAGGACAUACAGACGUCCUGUCCCCAUCAGGACAUACAGACCUCAUGUCCCCAUCAGGACACACAGGCGUCCUGUCCCCAUCAGGACAUACAGACGUCCUGUCCCCAUCAGGACAUUCAGACCUCCUGUCCCCAUCAGGACAUACAAACCUCCUGUCCCCAUCAGGACAUACAGACCUCCUGUCCCCAUCAGGACAUACAAACCUCCUGUCCCCAUCAGGACAUACAGACGUCCUGUCCCCAUCAGGACAUACAGACCUCCUGUCCCCAUCAGGACAUACAGACCUCCUGUCCCCAUCAGGACAUACAGACCUCAUGUCCCCAUCAGGACACACAGACCUCCUGUCCCCAUCAGGAGCCCAAUGA